AUUUACACCAGAUUGGUCAGAGAAGAAUCAAAGCUACUACCAGGCCUGGAUCCUCCUAGACGGCGGGCAGACUUUCCACGGCUUGAGGAAGAACCAUGGAUUUCAAGCGUGUGAAGGAGUAUUUUGCCUGGCUCUACUAUCAAUACCAGAUCAUCAGCUGCUGUGCUGUCAUGGAGCCCUGGGAGCAAUCUAUGAUCAACACCAUCGUCCUGACCAUUGUCGCUAUGGUGGUAUACACCGCCUAUGUAUUCAUCCCCAUCCACAUUCGCCUAGCUUGGGAGUUUUUCUCCAAAAUAUGUGGCUAUGGCAGUUCCGUUUCUAACUGAUCUCAUCUGAAUUGUGAGAUGGCAUAAUGUAUUCUCGUUGCUUACAACUUACUGACUUUGGG